GACGGUUGAUGAGGACGGACCGCGACGCGCUCUUGUCGGACGGUUGAUGAGGACGGACCGCGACGCGCUCUGUGAGCUUCAUUCAUCAGCUGAAGUUUCUUCUUCUCUUUGUACAAUAAUAAUAAUAACUCUUUAUCUGCUGUGAUGGUUUCUGUGAAGAGAGAAAGAGAGGCUGAGGUGGACGAUGAUGAUGACGACAGAGUUGCCCCUAAAAUGAGUCGAGGACGUGUAACAGAAGACCGGAGAAGUCGUCACUGUCCUUACCUCGACACCAUAAACAGGAGUGUGCUGGACUUUGACUUUGAGAAACUCUGCUCCAUCUCCCUCUCCCACAUCAAUGUCUAUGCCUGCCUUAUAUGUGGGAAAUACUUUCAAGGUCGAGGUCUUAAGUCCCAUGCUUACACUCACAGUGUGCAGUUCACUCAUCACGUGUUCCUGAAUCUGCACACUCUCAAGUUCUACUGUCUGCCCGACAACUACGAGAUCAUCGACUCUUCACUGGAAGACAUCACGUAUGUGCUGAAGCCAACUUUCACCAAGCAGCACAUCGCAGGUCUGGAUAAGCAGGGAAAGCUGUACCGAGCAUACGAUGGAACAACCUACCUGCCGGGCAUCGUAGGCCUCAACAACAUCAAAGCCAAUGACUACGCCAACGCCGUGUUACAGGCUUUUUCUAAUGUUCCACCGCUGAGAAACUAUUUCCUGGAGGAAGAAAACUACAGGGGCAUCCGCAGACCGCCGGGGGACAUCAUGUUCCUCUUGGUGCAGAGGUUCGGUGAGCUGAUGCGCAAACUUUGGAAUCCGAGAAACUUCAAGGCUCAUGUGUCACCGCACGAGAUGCUGCAGGCCGUGGUGCUGUGCAGCAAGAAGAACUUCCAAAUUACCAAGCAAGGAGAUUCUGUCGACUUCAUGACGUGGUUCUUGAAUGCUCUGCAUGGCGCUCUGGGAGGCACAAAGAAAAAACCUUCAAUCAUUACAAAAGCAUUUCAAGGCUCUAUGAGAAUCUUCUCCAAGAAACUUCCACAUCCAGAUUUACUACCAGAGGAGAAAGAGGCGUUGCUGGUAACAGAGGAGUACCAGGAGCAGAUGUCUGAGUCCACCUUUCUGUUCCUGACCCUCGACCUCCCGACAGCUCCACUUUACAAGGACGAGAAGGAGCAGCUGAUUAUCCCCCAGGUCCCGCUCUUCAACAUCCUGGGCAAGUUCAAUGGCAACACAGAGAAGGAAUACAAAACCUACAAAGAGAACUUCCUCAAAAAGUUCCAGCUGACCAAACUGCCUCCAUACCUCGUCUUUUGCAUCAAAAGAUUCACCAAGAACAACUUCUUUGUGGAAAAGAACCCCACCAUUGUUAACUUCCCGAUCACGAAUGUCGACCUUCGUGAGUACUUGACAGAAGAAGCUCAAGUUACAGAGAAGCACACAACUUAUGACCUAGUCGCCAACGUAGUGCAUGAUGGGAAACCCACCGAGGGAGCGUACAGGAUACAUGUUCUUCAUCAUGGGACCGGGAAGUGGUACGAGAUGCAGGACCUGCAGGUGACCGACAUCCUCCCCCAGAUGAUCACACUGUCCGAAGCCUACAUCCAGAUCUGGAAGAGACAAGGAGGCGAUGAUGACGAUGACACAAACAACCACACAGGGCUGUAAGUGAGGCAGCAUUUUCCUCAGUGUGAGCGACCCUGAUAACGGCUUUGUCCCUCUUUUGGAAAUGAACUGGGUUAUUUAAUCAAUGGGGAAAAAAACACAGCAUACAGAGGGAGUGUGACAAAACUUGUUCUCAAAGUUUCAAAUCAAUGUAAAUGUCUGGUUUUAUCUUUUUACUUUGUGGAAGUUUCUAAAUAAACAAGCUCCAAAACAAACAA